AUGCUGGCAGAGGACGUGCAAUCCUGCAAAGAGAUUCACAAAGUUCUGAGCGCAGACGUGCAUUCUCGCUUGGGCGCUGCUCAGCUUUUGGGUGCUGACCCAGGGUCCCCUUUGACCGAGGGGGUUAUUGCAGACUUGGAAAAGUCAAGUCGGGCUCAAAUCAAAAGAUUUCAAAAGAUGUCUCAGGUUUGCCCAGAGUACGACCAAGCAGUUGCUGCUUGCCACGAAGCUGUUGCCACACUCAAGAGGCAGUGCGGUGAAGAGGCUUUGCCUCGGUACGAAGCGCUGCUCAAGGAGGGUUUGUCUGCCACCAGAGCGCUUGGCGCCAGGGAUCUUCGCUGGCCCAGACCCAUUGUGAUGAUGAAGCCUGAGUCAGCUGACUUAUCAAUGCCUCCAGGCAAGGCUAGGUUAGCUCUUCUUUGUGGUCCGACGGCAGCGCUAAGUGCCAACCAGCUGUCACAGAGCGCUGCAAAGCUCGGCGUGCGGCCAAAGGCCUGCGCGUUGACUUGGUGCAUGGAGGUGCCUGAGGCUGCCUCGUGCAGCGCCGUGUGCAUCGGGCUGGAACCCGCAACCUCCGAGCCACCCCAGAAGCGUGCUAAGACAUCCGGUGGGCCUGAAGGGACAGUACGAGUUCGCCAUAUCCUUUUCCGUCAUCCACAGCUGCGCCAGGCUGAUCCUAUGGCCCGUCGUGAGGGGGCAGCCCGGAAUGUGUUGGAGGCAGAGUCGAAUGCCUUGACAGCACUUCAGCGUCUCCUGCAGGACCCGAACCAAUUCAUCAAGAGUUGCAAAGAGCUUUCGGACUGCCAGAGUGCUGAACAACCAGGGCAGCUGGCGGGAGAUCUUGGCUGGUUGGCGCGUGGCCAGCAAGAGGCAAGCUUUGAGGAGGUUGCCUUUGGCUUGCCUGUAAACAGCAUUGGGGAUUUGGUCUCAACAAGCCGGGGUGUCCACAUUAUCCAACGCCUUGGCUGA